GUCUCGGGGGCACGCGAUGCUCGUUCCCGUAAAUAUGAAAUGUGUCGUUACCUAGACUUUGCAAGUGGAGAAUUUGCGGUGUAGCCGAAUGAGUGUCGCGACCUACUCGCUCUGUUUGAUGCGGCUGUUGAGUGUCACAGAAGUCCGGGGAUUGACGUUGUUCCAUCGGGCCUACUUCCAUAAUUCUCUCUGUAUUGAUGAAAUACUUUUCUCUGAGUAGUUAGACAAAUAUUAUCGAUUAACGCUCAGAAUUUUGCUGGAGAAACUGUGGGCGAGCCAAAUCUGUGUGUAUUUUCCCCAUAUUGUUUUCAUCGAAAGCAGGAAGGUGCAGUGGAGGGCAUAGUGACUUGUCAUGAACGAGCCCGUAGAGAGCGGUGUAGUCUCGUUUGACGAGUACGUGCGUCAGAAGGCCCGCAGUGUGCCCCAGCACCGUAUGAAGGAGUUCCUGGAGUCUCUGGCCAACAAGGGCCCCGAGGCACUGCAGGAGUUCAGCCAGCAGGACGGCGACACCACCACCAUGGUGUACCAGCAGGGGGGCAACUGUGUCUACACAGACAGCACUGAGGUGGCUGGCUCGCUGCUGGAGCUGGCCUGUCCGGUGCAGGUGAACUCUGCACAGAUCUCACCCCAGAUGGCUGCUGGUGUGCACCAGGGGUCUGAGCAGCAGAUACAAGUACAGGUGCAGAUCCAGGGACAGCAGGGUCAGACGGUGGACCUCCAGGGCAUCCCCACAGCAGCACAGCUGGUCCAGCAAGGAGAGCUCACAGAGGAGCAGCACCAGCAGAUCCAGGCCCAGUUGGUGGCAGCGGUGUCAGGGGGUCAACAGAUUAGACUACAAAGCGGUCAACAAAUCCAGCAUAUUCAACUACAAGGGGGCCAGCAAAUUCAGCUCCAAGGAGGUCAACACAUUCAGCUUCAAGGGGACUUACAGGGUGGCCAACAGAUUCAACUUCAAGGGGGUCAACAGAUCCAACUUCAAGGGGGUCAACAGAUCCAACUUCAAGGGGGUCAACAGAUCCAACUUCAAGGGGGUCAACAGAUCCAACUUCAAGGGGGUCAACAGAUCCAACUUCAAGGAGGUCAACAGAUCCAACUUCAAGGGGGUCAACAGAUCCAACUUCAAGGGGGUCAACAGAUCCAACUUCAAGGGGGGCAACACAUCCAACUUCAAGGGGGGCAACAGAUCCAGCUACAAGGCGGGCAACAAAUCCAGCACAUUCAGCUACCAGGUGGUCAACAUAUUCAAUUACAGGGUGGGCAGCAGAUCCAGUUCCAGACAGUGGAGGCCAUGUCUCCUCAGCAGCAGCAGGGCUCUCCCCGGGAGGCAGAGAGGAGAGCGGGCACCAGCGUCCUCCAACCUGCCAAGAAGCGCAAGGUGGACGUCCCCAUCCAGGUGUCGUACUCCCUCCCUCAGGGCCAGCAGGGCCAGCAGGUGGUCCUGGCCCUCCCCCAGGGGCAGGGGCAGCAACAGCAGUUCCUGUCCCUCAGGCCCGACCUGCUUACUGUGGACAGCACCCACCUGUACAGCACCACAGGUACCAUCACAGGUCCUGCCGGGGAGACCUGGACCAUCCCUGUGUACUCCGGGGGGCAGCAGGGUGGCGUGCAUCACAUCGCCAUCCCCCAAGAGGCUUACAACACGAUGCAGGUGUCCUCCUCUGGUCACCACGACAACAAGGACAAUAGGGUGGCCCACUCCUCGUCGUCGGGGACUGGGUCCGUCCAGUCGGGCGCCACGGUAUCAGUCUCCGAGACGACGACGAACGAGGAAGUGGUGCAGACGCUUUUCCCGGCGCAGUUCAUGAACGGGAACAUCCACGGCCCGGUGGUGGUGCAGACAGUGGGAGGGGCUUACAACACCACGCAGCAACUCCACAUCUGGGACCCCCAGCAGCAGCAGGAACACCAAGAGCAACAGCUCCACCUACAGGGUCAUGUGGAGUCAGAGUCCCAGGUGGAGGCCCCCCAGGAGCUGCUGCUUCCCAUCUCCCUGAAGCCUGAGGAGGGCAUGGACGUGUGGCGCCUCUGGGUCCAGCGCAAGAACACAGAGUUGGACAAGGACGAGCAGAACAAGCUGGCGCCCAUCGGACGUCGUCAGGCACUGCGCUUCCAGGAGGACCUGGUGUCGAGUGCAGUGGCUGAGCUCAACGUGGCUCUGGCCCUUAUGACCCAAGAGGCCCGAGGGUUGGAAGGAGAACAGUUUGAGCCUGACGCCCUCUACUACAUCUUCCUGUGUAUACAGAAGUACCUCUUUGAAAACGGACGGGUGGAUGAUAUCUUCUCUGACCAGUACUACACACGCUUCUCCCAGUGGUUACACAAAGCCCUGGACGAGUGGAGGCCUGUCAUCCAUCCACUAGGGUACAUCAUUCCCAGUCAUGUGACAGAGGAGAUGCUGUGGGAGUGUAAACAGCUGGGUGCCCACUCACCAGCCACGCUGCUCACAACACUCAUGUUCUUCAACACUAAGUAUUUCCGUCUGACAACGGUAGAGCAGCACAUGAAGGUGGCCUUCUCCAAAGUGCUGAGGCACACGAAGAAGAACCCGUCCAACCCAAAGGAUAAGAGCACCAGUAUCCGCUAUCUGAAGGGCCAUGGGCCCUUAGGAACACACCAUGCAGGGCAGAAAGUGACCGAUGACAUGUAUGAGGAGCAGACUGAGGAUCCUGAGAACCCUCUGCGAUGCCCAAUUAAGCUGUAUGAUUUUUACCUCUUCAAAUGUCCCCAGAGUGCUAAGGGGCGUAACGACGCGUACUACCUUACGCCAGAGCCCGUCGUGGCGCCCAACAGUCCCAUAUGGUACUCCACUCAGCCAAUCACAAGUGAGCAGGUGGAGCACAUGCUCACACGCAUUAUCAUGGUGCGGGAGAUCCAGGAGGCCAUCGCCAUGUCAUCGGCCAGCAUGCACUGAGGCCGGGAGGGGAGGAGGAACUGAAAUGGACACACUAACCCCUGAAAUCAGCCCUCCUCUCUCUCUCAAACGUUAAUCUUUGUGGUACCUCCUUCACUCAGUAACUAACUCUAAGGACCUCCAGUGGCCUCAGUCUCAACCCAUCACACCUGCCAACCAUAGGUGUGGGGGAGCGACCGAUAGUGUUUACAGAGUGGACUUAUGGGCCUUUUUUUAAGGAAUAGACUCCUGCGUUUAUUCAUCUAAUGGCACUUAUGUCACCCUCAAUGCUGUUAUCUUUUUUGGGAUGGUCACACGUGUACGUAAGCCACCACUUCACUUCACCAUAGAAUUGUUUCCUGGACUGAAGAGACGAGUGAGAUGGAUUUUGACAGUCACUAAAUCAGAGCUCAUCAUGUACUCCUGUAGGCCGUUGCAGCCCCCAAUAAAGAUGAAAUGGUCAGAAAUG